UGUAAUUACCCAAACAAGAUGUUUUUUUUCGUAAUUUGGCCAUACAUCAGGGAUUGACCGUAAUUUACUCUGAAUCUAAAUAAUAAGCUCGAAUUGAAGCUCUGAUCGACAUAGAAAAAACAAAAAUAAAAGAGUUGAAGCAACACAAUAUUAAUGAAGCCAGAUUGUCAAGCACACGUGGUGUCUAGGCUCCACCAUAACAGGAACACCUGUGUCCACAGCAUUAAAACUCCACAUGCCUUCUCACAUCCAACACUCUGUAUUUAUUCGCGGAUCCAGUCCCCACCCCCUCGUGCGCAUCCUCAACUACUUUACGCCGCCCCCCACCCCGCCCCCCUAUAUAUAUACUUGCUCCCUCAAUUCCAUUUCUUCAUUCACUCAACAAAUAAAAAAUCCCCAAUUAUCUGUAUAAAACAAAACAAAAAUGGCACACAAAAUGGUGACUAGUUUUCGGAGAUCGGUUUCCUUCACGAAUCCUCCGUCGUACAUUUCAUCUAAGCCACGGAAAACGCUCCACGUCAGAUCUACCAGUCUUCCCUGCCGAUCACACCCGAUAAUUUCCCAGCUCCGUGACGGAAUCUCCGAGCUUACCAACUCCUGGUCAGCCGCGGAAUCCGGCUCCCGCACUUCGGCUUGGCUCUGCGACGGCUUGCGCCGACUCAAAGCCGUCCACGAAUCGCUCGACGAUCUGCUCCACCUCCCGCAAACACGCGAAUCUCUCCGCCGCGGCGCCGGAGGUUGCUCGGACCUGAUCGAGAAGCUUCUCGAAGACUUCCUCCGAUUCGUCGACGUGUACGGAAUGUUCCAGACGUUGGUGUUGCGGCUCAAGGAGGAGUACUCGGCGUCGCAAAUUGCCGUCAGGAGAAAGGACGAUCUGAAAGUAGCCGCGCACUCGAAGAAUCUGAGCAAAAUCGCCAAGGAAAUCGGUAAACUCUGCUCGAAUUUCGUCUCCGUCGGGAAAUUGGCUGCCGCCGCCGGAGCACCGUACGACGACGAGGCGGAGCUCGUCGAUAUCAUUAACGAUGUGCUCAACGUGACGGUGUCGGUCUCGGCUCUGCUCUUCGGCGGCAUCUCGAAUUCGCCGGCGUUCAGAAAGCCGUCGUGCAUGGGGCUGGGUUUCGGGAAGAAAUCGAAGAAUCUGAAAUUCGAAGCGGGCAUUAGAGAAUUUCAGGCGGUAAAUUUGGAGAAUUUGAAGAAGAAAACAGACGAAGAGAUGAAAAUUGCGUCGAAAAAAAUGCAUGAAAUUGAUGAUUGUAUUUUGGGGAUUGAAUUCUGUGGAGAAAGAGCUUUCCGGAGUUUGAUUAACACUAGGGUUUCCUUACUCAACGUACUCACACAAUAACCACCUCAAUUUUUCUUAAUCCUUUUUUUCUUCUUUUUUUUUUGGCUCAGUGUAUAUUUUUUUUUUUCAAUUAUACUUUUCUCCCAAUAUUUUGCUAUAUUUGGAAAUUCGGCAGUAUAUAUAUGAGCGAAAAAAAAGGAAUUUUGCUAUGCAUAUUUGUGAUUCAAAU